AGCAGCAGCAGCAGCAGUUCAUUCAGGAAGGGAUGAUGAAACAGAAAACGACGCGAGACGGACGCCGUUUCUACACUGUGUGUGUGUGGCAGUAUUUUUUUGAGGAAGUGGAAGAAACUGUCGAUAAUGGACGACAUAUUUAUUGUUGUGCUUGAUGGGUUUUUACCUGUAUAAACGACGAAAAAUGGGAUCUCUGCCUUACUGUCAGGGUUCGUGGAGGUGGAUCGUCGUGUCUGCAUUAAAACAAGGGACGAGAUGCUAGCUCGCUAGCUUGCUCUUUGAUGUUUGCUCCUCCGACACAUUACAGAGGAUAUCAUUUUAGAUGUGGAGACCAAAACUUUGGAGCCGCUUUGCUUCGAUUUUCAUAGCGCUAAUUAAAUUAACGUUGACUCAAACUGCCAACUUUACAAUGUUGCGUUUAGCACCCAGCUAACAUAGUUAGCUGACUUUGAAAGUAGCUGUUAGCGUUAACGCUAGCCAAAAUUAGUUCAGCUAAUUAACAUAAAGUUUGCUCCAAAAGUGCUGAAUACUCCGAGUAACGUUACGCGGUGUAUAAUGAUUAACCUAACCAGCUGAAGCUUUUGGAGAGCAGUUAUUAAUUAUGUUAAGAUAGUUCCACGUAUGUAUUCUUUUAAUACAACUAAGUUGUUUAAAUCGGUAGCUACAUAGUUAAUACAUCUUAAGUAAUGCUAUAGAUAAAAAUACAGUUUUCAUAUUUUGAAAUCUUCAUGUAUUAGUAAGCUGUAUUAUCGAAUGGGCGGAGAAAUUAACUAAUAAAGACAACUUUCUUUGCGUUUAAGCAAACUUAAUUUCUUCUUGCUAUUUAGCUAAAUUAUGUUUAAAAUGUAUUAGGUCAGAGAAGACGUUUUGGCCCAUCGAGCGCUGCUAUUUCCCCCCUUCUUUUUAGGUGCAGCUCAUAACUGCCAAACAUGCGUCUCUCCUCGUUUCUGGCCCUGUUCAGGCCAGCUUUACCCCUGAUCCUCGGGCUGUCUCUGGGAUGUAGUCUCAGCCUUUUGAUGGUGUCCUGGACACAAGGGGAUACUGAUGACCCAUGUGGAGAUGAGCUGAGCAAAGGUAGGCUCUUCCUGGGCAGAGGAGACGCCCUAAGAGACAGUAGAGAUGGAGCAGGAGAUGAAGACUUUCAGCCACGUAUAGUGCCAUAUCACAAGGACCCAAACAAGCCACACAAGAAAGUCCUCAGAACUCGAUAUAUCCACACUGAGCUGGGCAUCAGAGAUCGACUGCUGGUGGGCGUACUCACCUCUCGGGCCACCCUCAACACACUGGCUGUGGCUGUGAACCGCACAGUUGCUCACCACUUCCACCGUACCUUUUUCUUCACGGGCCUACGCAGCCCCAAUAAGGUGCCUCAUGGCAUGACGGUGGUUGCCCAUGGUGACGACCGGCCAGUGUGGCUUAUGUACGAGACAGUGCGCCACCUACAUCAGCAUUAUGGCUCAGACUACGACUGGUUCCUGUUAGCCCAGGAUGACACCUAUAUGCAGGCAGAUCGUCUUUCAGAACUGGUGGGUCACCUUAGUGCAGGUCAGGACCUUUACAUGGGCAGGGCGGAGGAGUUCAUUGGAGGGGAGGAGAAAGCUCGUUACUGCCACGGGGGCUACGGGUACCUGCUGUCCCGCAGUCUACUGGCCCGCCUACAGCCACAUCUUGAUACCUGUCGUAAUGACAUCCUCAGCGUGAGACCUGAUGAAUGGCUGGGCCGCUGCAUUAUUGACUACCUUGGUCUGAGUUGUGUGGAGACGCACCAGGAGAUGACGUACCAUUACUUUGAGCUUGGAAAAAAUGCAGAUCCAGAGCGUGAAGACAGUAUUCAGUUUAAAAAUGCCUUCACAGUCCAUCCUGUAUCAGAACCAAAUCUUAUGUACCGUUUACACAAACGCUUCAGCCACAUUGAGCUUGAAUGGACCUACCAGCAGAUUCAGCAGCUACAGAUGCAGAUCAGCAACCUGAGUGACCUGACACCAGAGGGUAAGGCUGGAGUAACAUGGCCUGUAGGAAUCAACCCUCCCUUCAAACCCAAAACCCGCUUUGAGGUCAUCAACUGGGAUUACUUCACAGAAGAGCAUAUUUACUCCUGCAUCGACAGCUCACCCAAGUGUGAGAUGAGAGGGGCAGAUCGAGCUGAUGUCAGCGCAAUACUAGAGAUUGCAGUGGGGCGCCUGAAUGAGCGCUACCAGCCGCAGCUUCGCUUCCGCAAGCGGCGACUACUUAAUGGCUACCGGCGGUUUGAUCCUACACGUGGUAUGGAGUAUAUACUGGACCUCGCCCUGGAGGCCUUCACCCAGAAAGGUCACAGUCAGGUCAUUGCCAAGCGGGUCAACCUGUUACGACCUCUUAGUGCUGUUGAGAUUAUUCCGAUGCCUUAUGUGACAGAGGCAACACGGGUGCAGGUCAUCCUGCCUGUCACUGCCCAAGACCAGGACUAUGUUGGUAACUUCCUCGACAUGUACGUGAUGAACACCUUGGAUACUCAUGAUAAUGUUUUACUGACCUUCCUGUUCAUCUAUGAUCCCUUUGAUGCACAGCGAGUCAGUCAGACUGAUGUGUUUGCCGGCAUAAAGGCUAUGAUUGCGGAAGUGGAGAAACGCUAUGGAGAUGUUAAGAUCCCAUGGAUUAGCGUGAAGACUGAGGUGCCCUCACAAGUUAAGCUGAUGGACAUCAUCUCUAAGAAACACCCUGUAGACACUUUAUUUUUCCUGGCAAGCAUAUGGACAGAGGUCAACUCAGACUUCCUGAACCGCUGCAGAAUGAACUCCAUUAGCAACUGGCAGGUUUUCUUUCCCAUUCACUUCCAAGAGUACAACCCUGCUGUGAUCUACCGUGACCAGCAGCCCUCUGCCUCCUCCUCGUUCGCUUCAGAGUCACUGCGAGACGGACACUUUGACCGGCAUGUCUUUGAUGAGGCCUGCUUUUACAACGCGGACUACAUGAGUGCCCGGACCAAAAUGGCCGCAGACAUUUUAGACAACGAGGAGCUGCUGGAAAGCAUGGACGUUUAUGACAUAUUUGUCCGCUACUCAGGCCUGCAUGUGUUCAGAGCCGUGGAGCCCGCGCUUAUCCAGAAAUACAUGCGGCGAGCGUGCAACCCUAGGUUCAGCGAGGACAUCUACCACCGGUGCAUCCUCAGCAACCUGGAGAGUCUGGGGUCACGUUCACAUCUAGCAAUGGCUCUGUUUGAGCAGGAACAGGCUAACAGCACAUAAGGGUAAGACUGUGCAGCUUUGAGAGCACUGAAACCUCAAAAACCACCUGGAAUAAAAUACACCUGGCUUCUUUUCAUCCAGAAACUGAAAUUCUCACCCUGGUAAAGGGUAGAAAGAUGUCAGUACGGAUUCCUCUGCUUCCUGCAGCUGAAAAAUCCUGCUUGGUACGAGAACUUUUGACUUAUGAAUCUGUAACUUUAAAUGUGUAAUGUCUAGACAGCAAUGAGCAAUGAGUCAUGGAGGUGUCACUCCCUGAACAGACAUACUGAGGAGCUGUUACUUGUAUUCCUGCCAUUGAUGUUUUCUCACAAAAGGUGAGUGACAGUAUUUAUAUUUACUAUUUUUAAGACUUGUCUGAUGUAACAUGAACAAAGGCCUUUAUUGUUAAUUAAAUGUUAAAAAUACUUGAGCCAUAAGUCUUCCUUUGUGAAGAUGUGAAAAAUAAUACUGAAACAAGCUGGAGCCAUUGGCUGCCUUUUCUUUAAGAUAUGUUCUUUUUUAAGGGGUAUUAAAGAGUGGUAUUUA